CAACCGUGUAGCAGAGAAAGGCCGUUUAGGCGUCAAUCACACCGUCAAGAUAUUCAACUUGUGACAGUUGUCCCUAUUUCACAAAAUGGCUUAUCCAGGAUACGGCGGGUACGGGGGUCCGAUGCCAGGAAUCCCCGCUCAGGGGAUGCCCAUGCAAGGAAUGCCCAUGGGGGCCCCCAUGCCGGGGCAAAUGGGGGGGCCGAUGGGAGGCGCGCCACCCCAAGGAGCCUACGCCGGCUAUGGGGGCGGCGCAUACGGAGCCCCGCCCCCAGCCGCCAACGACCCGAUGUGGAGCUACUUCACGGCCUUGGCGGGCCAGGACGGAGAGAUCGAUGCCGAGGAGCUCCAGAGGUGCAUGACCCAGUCUGGCUUCACCGGCAGCUACUCUCCCUUCAGCCUGGAGACGUGCCGGAUCAUGAUCGCCAUGCUGGACAGGGACUUCACGGGGAAGAUGGGCUUCAACGAGUUCAAGGACCUCUUCACGGCCCUGAACGGCUGGAAGCAGAACUUCAUGAUGUUCGACCAGGACCGCAGCGGCACGGUGGAGCCCCACGAGAUGAGUCAGGCCGUCAACGCCAUGGGAUACCGCGUCAGUCCUCAGGCGCUGAACGUCAUCAUCAAGCGCUACAGCAAAGGAGGGAGGAUCUUCUUCGACGACUACGUGGCCUGCUGCGUCAAACUGAGAUCUCUCACAGAGAACUUCAGAAGGAGAGACACCAUGCACCAGGGCUCGGUCGCCUUCCAGUACGACGACUUCAUCCUGUGCACGAUGGCCAUCUAAAAGGGUCCGCCGCGUGUCCCACGCCACGAGCCGAUCACAGGUGGAUUGUGGGCCGCCGCCCCACGUGAACGCAGAGGGAGGCCAGUAUGUGUGACUGAGGAGAGUUGUCAUCACUUGUAACGCUUUAGUCUUGUUUGUCGCAUGGGGACGUGCUGAAGAUGUAUCUCGGUUCACACACAUAUAUGUGUGUAUAUAUUUACAGUCUGUAUCCUCAUCAGAAGGGGAUGUAAUGCAUAGCAGCGUCUAUAAAGCCCUUAUGUAGGAUUUCAAAAUAAAAGAUUCAGUGAUGUGCUGAAUAAUAAUUAGAUUAAAGAUGAACAUCGGUUUGAUAAACAUGUCGGAGCCAAUCGGCCAGUUUGUAUUCACGCGUCUGACCUCCUGUGCCAUUAUAAUCUGAAUGUACGGUCUAAUAUAUUAAUACUUCUUAGUAACCGCAGCGGCAGGAUGUUACACUGAACUUCAUAUGGUUCUGAGUUUAUUAGCCAGUGUUUUCUUCUUCUUGGUAACAUGUCAUUGUUUUAUAAAGCGUAUCGAUGUACAAGCCAAAGCGCCUGAGUCACUUGUUGUUCAUCUGCCUUAUGACUCCAUGGAGCUGCAGACGUCUCGUCAAGUUUCAAACAGCCAUGUUUUGUUUGCACAGGUCAACAUAGUAAAGAUCAUAUUUUGUUACUCACAAUAAACACUUUCUAAUCA